AUGCACAGGCUGGGCGGCGUGGCACCGGCACCGAUAUUGCCAAAAAGACACGCGCAGGCUUCGCAGGCUGGCGGCAGCACCGCUGGGCAGUGUGCGCUGGAGCGCUGGGCGCUGGGCAGAGUCUCCAGGUCGUCUCCAGGUCCUAGGUCCAGCCCACCUUCGCCGAUACGUACCUUUUCUCCCUCCUUGCUGUCCCCCCGUCUUCCCCGUCCGUCACCAUUUCUCUCCCGUCGCCUCUCCCAAUUCCCGCUGGUCACUGGAUCGAAGUCUUCGCCGUCGUGUAAUUGUCCCGUCUUUUCUCGUCCCUUUCUCGGCUUCUACUCCUUGUUCUGCCGCAGAUGUUGCCCAGAGCCUCGAAGGCCCGUCCACUUUUUUUUUGUGCAGAAUUCGAGAUGCCGUAUUCAUCAGGUACCUUGA